CCAAGCAAUGACGUUAAAUUCUGCUCUGUCAGAAGACAGCAUCUGUCAAAGCCCACAUUUAAACUGCUGCCUGCCUGUGCAGCAGCUGAAGAACUACGGAAUGGAUUUCAGAGACCACAACCCUCGCCUAAAACAGCUCGAACCCAUUUCUACUACUGCCUAGCAACAAUGAAGGAGGGAAGAGAGGCAAAUCCUAUUACUGAAGGCAAGUGAGCCACUACGUGCUAGCACUCACAGCUAACAUUACCAUUAGAAAUAUGGAUACUGAGGAGAAGAGAACACAGCACUGCAUUGUCCGGCAAGGGAAACACCAGAUGUAAAAGCUCCAAGACAUUGGCUGCGAACACCAGACGAGCCCGAUCGGAACAGGAACGAGAACUACUGUCCUUUUGUUCGAACAAUGAACAAAAAGCCCCAAGACAAGGACAACACUUAUGAGCAGGGAAGGUAACGCGGCAACGGGCAGACAGAUGGACAGAUUGGAUACCGUGAAAAGCGAUCGCAGGAAGCAGACUGCUGGGGGAUGUGCGCAUGUUCGAUAGCAUCUUUUUUGCUGAAGUGAUGGCGUGCCAAAACUAUUUUCUGGGGGUAUAAUCCUCGCACCAUAAAUGGCCUGACCAAGGAAGAGUGAGCCAUUUGCAGAGAAUCACUCAACAAAAGCAAAAGAAAAUGAAUACCAAAGAAUAGCAGUGGAUCCAGAAAGGAAGAGAAAAGCAUUUUGCUUGGCCAUUGUCUCAUCAUUGGAUUCUUACAACAUGCUUCAGUGGAGAAGACGACAUUGCUGCUUUGCAAAGAUGACCUGGAAUACCAAAAGGUCUCUAUUUCGCACCCAUCUCAUUGGCCUGGUCUCUCUCGUAUUCCUUUUUGCUGUGUUUCUGUUUUUUAAUCAUCACGACUGGCUGCCGGGCAGGGCUGCUUUCAGAGAAAAUCCCAUGGCUUACACUAUACGAGGAUUUAGGUCUACUAAGAGUGAGAUGAACCACAGCUCUCUAAGGAACGUGUGGAAAGACGCUGUACCUCAGACUCUCAGGCCUCAAACAGUCAUCAACUCCAACAACACCGAGCUGUCACCCCAAGGAGUUACCGGUUUGGAAAACACGCUCAGUGCCAAUGGAAGUAUUUACAACGAGAAAGGUGCUGGGCAUCCAACUUCGUAUCAUUUCAAAUACAUCAUCAACGAGCCUGAAAAAUGCCAGGAGAAGACCCCUUUUCUAAUUUUGCUCAUUGCUGCAGAGCCAGGCCAAGUGGAAGCUAGACAGGCGAUUCGACAAACCUGGGGUAACGAAAGCCUGACACCUGGCAUCCAAAUUGUUCGCAUCUUUUUGCUGGGGCUAAGCAUCAAGAUAAACGGAUACCUCCAGCGCACCAUACGAGAGGAAAGUAGACAAUACCAUGACAUCAUUCAACAAGAAUAUUUAGACACCUAUUAUAAUUUAACCAUUAAAACUCUGAUGGGAAUGAACUGGGUUGCAUCUUAUUGUCCAAGUGUUCCGUAUGUUAUGAAAACUGACAGUGAUAUGUUUGUCAAUACUGAGUAUUUAAUACACAAGCUUCUGAAACCAGAACUUCCUCCAAGGCACAAAUAUUUUACAGGUUAUUUAAUGAGAGGUUACGCACCUAACAGGAACAAGGAUAGCAAGUGGUACAUGCCACCUGAUUUGUAUCCAAGCGAACGUUAUCCUGUAUUCUGCUCUGGAACCGGUUAUGUUUUUUCUGGAGAUUUAGCAGAAAAAAUCUUUAAAGUCUCCUUAGGCAUCAGACGUUUACAUUUAGAGGAUGUAUACGUGGGGAUCUGCCUUGCCAAGCUGCGAAUUGACCCUAUGCCUCCACCCAACGAGUUUGUCUUCAAUCACUGGCGAGUUUCUUACUCCAGUUGUAAAUAUAGCCACCUAAUUACCUCCCAUCAGUUCCAACCUAGUGAACUGAUCAAAUACUGGAACCACUUACAACAGAAUAAGCACAAUGCCUGUGCCAAUGCAGCGAAAGAAAAAGCAGGCAGGUAUCGCCACCGUAAAUUGCACUAGAAGGACAGCACUCCCUCUAUCAAAUAUAUCCCACGUGCAAUUUGUAAAUAUCGCUGAACGCAUGUACAGUGAAAAGUGGAUGAGCUUAACAGGACAGCCUUUAGUUGAUCCCCAUCUCACAUAGUGGAGUCUGAAAAUUAUUUUUUUAAUUUAAAAUAAAAAGUAUAGUUCUUGAUAACACUACUAUUAUGAAACCAUAACCAAAAGGUUUUCCCAGCA